AUGCGUAGGGUCUGGCCCCGCGAAAAAGUCGAACGAUUCGAAGAAGUCAUUCACAUCGAAACAAACUCGGAGAGCAUAUGCAUCGGCCGAGCUGGAGGCGAUAACCACGCCGAGCUUGAAGGCAUAGAGUAUUGCGGUACACAUGGUGGCAAGCUUCACCUCUUCAUCACUCUUGCGCCUGUCGCGUCUGCACUCUUGGGAGGCGCCAACCUCAGUGGCUUUAGCUACGAGGUCCUCGAGAACAAGAUUGGCUCAGACAUCUCCUUCUACAACGUCCAAUUUUACAAUGGCUUUGGUAGCAUGUCGAACGUUCAAGACUAUAAAACUAUUGCUGCAAAGGUGGAUCACUCCAAGGUUGUCGCUGGCCUUCUAACGUCCCAAACUAAAGGAACGGGAUGGCUCCCCUUCGCCGAGAUGAGCCGCACCAUACACUCUCUGCGAGACGAAUACGUCAGAUUUGGUGGUGUCGCUGGAUGGGAAUACUCUGAUAGCCAGCCAGGAGGGCAAGCACGGCCUUGGGAGUGGGUGCAGUCCAUGACGACACUGUUGCGCCCGCACGGCGUUGGCAUGGUAUAG